CGGAGUGCGAAGAAAAUCGUUGAGAAAGUUGCUGGUUCUUUCCCGGCUUCGUUGCACGCUCGACGCCUUUGACACCUGCGAACAAUGAGAAGAAAAGUUCGAAUUUCUUCUCAUACCAACUUAAGUACCGUUUGAGAAGUCCAACAAGUUUUCCUAGAAAUUUUCCUUCUCGUCGCGUGAGCGAAAAUUGCGGAGGAAAAGUAUACUGAAUUUUUCUCACACCGCCAGAUUAAAUUUGAACAUUCGGAUCGAAUUUAUGAAACAUCUUCGCAUCCGAGAUCGAUCUCUUUGAGACGUUUCGAGCAUCGGUCAUCUACCCGUGACGUUUAAUGUCCCAGGAAAAUAUUCGUAGGGGAUCGAAAGAAAGCCGACUUAUUCAGAGGGAGAAGGGACGGAAUCGCGAACCGCGUAACAGAGGAUACACGGGCAAGCGUUUCUGACACCUUUCUGAUUAAUCGUCACGCCGGUUGUCACUGGCGACUCGGUCGUUUGAAAAAAAAGCGCAAGAUUAAUAGGAUAAUCGAGCGGUUUUUCCUUUCAUAGCGCGUCAUUCCCCUGGUGGAAAGAUUGAAGGUUGCCAUCGACGAAUUUUUAUUGAAAACGUGUCGAAUUUAACGUGAACGCUUGGCAGGAUGACCGUACGAUCAAUUAUUCAAUAAAUACUCCGUAAAACUGUUGAGAAACGUACUGUUCGUCCAUAUUUAAUCGACCUUAAUUGAUACUUCAACGCGUACAGUAUUAUUCAUUAUAUAAAUGUUAAUAACAUUACAUGUAGAUUAUCGUUACGUAAAUUUAAUACGCGCAGGUAAUAUUUAUAAAUACCGGUUAUUGCAAUACUUUUUUUUUUUAACUGAGAUAAAAACCCGGCAUAUGCGAGUGGUCGUGACGAUAGGAGGAUUAAGAUGUGACCCGCCGCGAACUGACCGUCGAAAACGAGGGCGGACGUAUUGUUCGAGAGUAAACCCGGACCACUUCGUCAUCGGCAUCUAAUAUUAACUUACGCGACUAAAUUCCUUUUACCGUUUCCCGACCGUUUUAUUGCGUCCGUGCAAUUAAAUUGGCUCGCGAACCGUUGCCGGGGAGUUCGGACGAAAGUAAAAUCGUACCGCGAAAUGAAACUUUUGUUGGAACGAGGUAAAACGUGUCCCAUCGAGUUACUUCCGGCUUUACAAUCCCCACGGACGUUGAUUUCUUCCCCCGGAGAAAAGAAGACAUCCUACGGCGGGUAUCGACUCGACGACAGAUUUAUCUACCCGCGGCGGGCAUCCGAUAGAGAAGAACGGGCAAGAGAGCUUGCAAAUCAUUUUUUAUCCGAGUCAUUUAUCAGAAGCUCAUUGGCCAAGCUGGGAGAUAUUCGAGAAAUCGGAAGGAUAAAACCAAAAGUUCUAUUUCCGUUUUCGACGUGUACUUGUCUAAUUCACUGACGGACGAGAGGAGCGUAGAAACGAAUGGUAAUCGCAUUCCACAAUCUCGAGAGUCAAUUAAUUCGGCAGAAUCCGAUACUAAUCGGACAAAGGAAAGCCUGACCUCUAUAGAAGCGUCAUCAGAUGAUGGAGAAGCGAAGGGAAAAAACGAAUUGACCGUAACAUCGAUUGGAAAUUUUAAUCGCAAUCGGAGAAGACGAGGAACCCUGCAUUGAAAAGACUUCCUCGAGGAAAAAAAACGAGCAGGAUGGAAACAGGAAGCUGCGUUGGUUCGUGAAGAGGAACGUUUCCCGGAAGGAUCGCUCUCGGCAUCGAUUCAGGAAGAAAAUAAACGGGAAGAUGCAUCCUCUCGAACCGGUGAUCGUUGUUUGGCUCGCUUCAAUGAUAUCGGCGUUGGCCGAAACCUCCGACUACUUGGAGGACUACGUCGACGAAAUGGACUUGAACUCCACUAAUUGCAGCAACAUCUACUGCGACUCGGACGAGGAGUACAUAAACCGCAUGAUGAAUUAUAUAUUUCCCAAGUUCUGGGACUGGGUGCUGAUCGCGUCCCACAGUAUCAUAUUCGCGGUCGGGCUAAUCGGGAACGCGUUAGUUUGCGUGGCGGUUUAUCGGAACCAUUCGAUGAGGACGGUGACGAAUUACUUCAUCGUAAACCUUGCGGUUGCCGAUUUCCUGGUCCUGUUGCUCUGCCUCCCGUUUACCGUUUUGUGGGACAUCACGGAAACGUGGUUCCUGGGCUUAACGCUGUGCAAAGCUGUCCCAUAUCUCCAGACUGUGUCCGUAACCGUGAGCAUCUUGACUCUGACGUUUAUAUCUAUAGAUAGAUGGUACGCGAUAUGCUUCCCUCUGAGAUUUAAAUCUACUACGGGGAGGGCGAAGACCGCGAUCAUAGGGAUCUGGGCGGUAGCCCUCUUAUUUGGCAAAAGGAUAUGAAGACACUUACCAUUUAUGCAGAUAUCCCGGACCUCGUCGUGUUGCACACCAUUCCUCCCACGCAUAUCAGAGUCCAG